CUUUACGUUGAUAGUUUGACGAUAUUUGAUGCAUGCUUAUGGUGCACAUUGUUAGAUUAUCUCACAAAAUAGCACACGAGCAGCAUGACGCCUCAUCACUAAUCAAUCGGGGACGAGAUGAAUGUGAUUAGCCGUUGCUGAAUGAAGGCCAUAAUUGCUUCAAAAAUGCCGCCAUCAGAUGUCUUCUGGGUAGACUCUCGAGGCGACAAGCACAGUGCGAAGCACGCUUUCAUCAAGAGAAAUAGUCAUCGACUUAAAAGAGAGAAAAAGUUAUAUGAAUUACGCAGGUCGAUUCAACCAUUCUGUCUCACAAAUAUGGCCUCUCGUGCACAUUCCGACCCGGUUGAGUUGGCAGAGGAACAUGAUUAUCAAGAGUUAAGGCACCCAUUGGUUGUACCCUCAAUAAGCCGAGAUUUUGACCCGGGGUUUCUGGAUUCAUUCUCUUCUUUGCCAACCCCAGUCACCCGCGAAAUGAAUUUCUACUUCAAUUAUUACAAGUCCACAUGUUCAAAGUCAUGCUAUCCGUUCAACUACAACGAGAUGGGUAUGUGGUGGUGGCAGAAGGCAAUUGACCAACCGGCUUUAGUAUAUAUUAUAUUGGCAACUUGUGCCCUCCACAGAGCUGGUAUAACGCUAGAUUCGGCUUCCACGGAAGCCACACAGAAGUUUGUCUGGCAUUCUCUUAAAUUUCGGCAACAGACAAUCCAGUCACUACAGCAACUUAUACACCAGACGCCUAAAUACGGGCUGGAGAUGGUAGUAUUAGUCGUAAUAAAUAUGAUUUGCGUAGAGGGAGCUGAUGCAAAUAUGGAGACCAUCGAUGUGCACAUGGAGGGUCUUAGGAAAUUUGUUUACCUGCUAGGCGGUUUGGAGAACUUGGAUCACUUGACUGUCUCGGGCAUUUACUGUGCUGAAUAUAUGCGUUGUGUAUCAAAGAAUUGCCUACCCUUUUUCCCAAUAAGUACGAUUUGGAAGCAUGAGGUUCUUGAGGCAUCAAAAGCCCUUAAAAAAAGCUAUAAUAAUCAACACCUUGGCAGAUUCGGAAAGCGCUUCUCAGAAUCUUCGUGGUCCAGAGGUCUUCAGCCGGGGUUCAAACUUAUUCUUCAAAAUUUCAAGUUAAUAGUCUUUCGCUGCGAGGGUAUUUUUCAAGGGACCGCGACUUCAAUGCCGAUGGAAUGUGACUUCUUGAUUCUUUGGAGUCAUCAAUUGUUGUCAUUUUUAGAUGAAACUGGAGCUAUUGGUUUUCAAGACACUUUAAGACUUGCACUUUUAACAUAUUCUUCAAUUCGAAUAUGGAACCUUGAUGGAUGUCCAUGCGUACAAAGGCUUGUGGACGCUCUGAGAUCAAGUUUGGAAAGAAAACUCUUUAUUCUUCAAAGAAGUGCCCCCGACUUACUUUUUUGGAUAUAUUUUAUCGGAGCAAUAGCGUCCCAAAAACAGGGGCGUGAGCAUCAUGAGUGGUUUGCUUCGGGUACCAUAGACGCUGCCAAGAGCUUGCGCCUGCAAGAAUUUGACGACCUAAGACUGCUUUUGAAAGAGUUCUGCUUUAUCUGUCGACCAGCGGACAAGUUCGUGAAAGACCUUUGGGAUAUGAGACUCCGAGCCUCAUAUCUAGAAUCGAAUGACAAGAAUCCUGACGAGUAACGAGACGAGCUCUGGAAAGCAUUUUUUGGUAUAUUAUUCUCUUAGAAUCUAUCUUUUUCUUGUCGUUUGAUUUGGUCUUAAUGAUAAGUUAAUGCUAACUAGUCUUUUAUGACGUCAUAUAGCGUUUCUGUAUUCUUUAUUGUACAUUGCAUAAUACUAUUAGAGUCUGGGUCGUUCUUUCUCUCAUUAUGUAAAUGCGAAUUAACCCUUAGCAGGGGAGCACAUGAAGCCUUGAAGACGUACAGCGGGCCACAUUAACGCGACUCAAAGAAAACACGUGAAAGUUUUUACAAGACUGAU